ACACAAUGUCUCCCAGUUGUCUCCUCCCUAAUCCCUUCGCUUUCCUUUGAUUGAACACGAACCUCACAGUUUCUGCAACAACUUAUUAUCAUGGCCGACAGCUCUUGGAGGGAUGGCAUUCUGCUCAAGAUUGUCAAUGUCAUCGUAUACUUCCUAUUCUUAGGCUCAAACAUUUACUCUGUCGCAGGUCCUGAGGGCGCAUACCGCUCAGGCAAGGAGACGUACUUCACACCCGCAUCUUACGCGUUCGCAAUUUGGUCACUUAUUCAUCUCCUACUGCUCGGUGCUAUAAUCUACCAGUUCUUCCCGGGCGGAAAGCGUGUGAUCAUUGAUGGCAUUUCGUGGCGCUUCCCACUGCUUGCCGUACUCAACGCAAUCUACGUGAAUGUGUGGAUUAAGCAAUAUUAUGUUGUUGCUUUCAUUUUUGCCUUGUUGGUCAGCUCUACUGUGACGCACAUCUAUUACAUUGUCCGUCGGUACCACAAAUCCGAAUCAUGGGCUGACGAACUAUUCGUGCAUCUCCCCUUCUCACUGUACCACGGCUGGACAACCGUCCUCGUCAUUCUCUCUCUCUUCGAAGCCUUCGGUGUGAAUGCACUCACUCAUAGCCCGGGAGUCUGGACAAAGAUUUUCGUCUUCCUCGGCCUCUUCUUCCUUGAAGCAACAGCAGCCACCUAUGCUUUCUCCGCUCCCGAAGGUGAUUUGGGCGGCUCAAUCGCAAUUGCGUGGGCCCUUUUCGCAGUGUUCGAGCACCAACGAUCGAGCGCGUUUAUCCAUUGGAGUGCGCUCGCGUUUGCGUUGUUGAGCUUAUUCUGGAUUGCGAAGAGCUUGUACGGACACCUCGUUGCACAUAGACAUGCAGGCGGCAUUUUGCAUGACGAGGAACGCGCGCCGCUCGUUGGGUCUUGAGCACGUGUUACAACAGAGGGCUCAUAAGUCUAAAUCAAGUUUUUCCAACAGACGAGAUGCUCCUACACUCUAUCCAUUUACUUCUUCUCCCAGUUAUGGGCGUUCACUUGUUCCCUCCAAUUCUGAGAUUGCAUUCUGUUCAUUUUUUCUCCUACUGUAACAUUUUGUGCAUUGCCCAGCAUCUUACCAUGUGACCUACCGCCUUCGGGCCUUUUAUAAGAACAGAUUUGACUCACAUCCGAUUAUGCGCUAUCUGCC